AUGCGACAUCAGCCUGAUGGAUAUGUGAGAUCCUUUAUAGAUAAUAAGCUCGUACAGGAAGUGGAAGACGACAUUAUAGCCGAACAGUUGCCCUUCAAUGUUGGAUGCCCGGCGGAAUUUGCUGAAGUUUCCAUUGUUGAACCUCCGGAAUUGAACCAACUCAAUAUCACAGAACCCAGCUGCUCUGAUCCUGACUGGAGUGCACCUUAUGAAGAGGCGUCAUUGCAGAGAUUCCGAGCACCUGCCGGUGAUUCCAACCUAUCAGGUCUAACCUUGGACUCACCUAGGUUCACAAGUGUUUCUGGUAGCGAUGAUCCAUGGGUCUUGCCCAGUCCAGCGUCACUUACUUCCAUACCCUCCAUGUCUAGCCCAACACCGUUUCGUCUCACACCAACACGUGAAUGGAAUGCUGAUGACACUCCACCAACACCAAGCACUCCCGAUAUGAAAACGGCGGAAAAGACCUUCGAAGGCUGGAUCAGAAGAAGGUUUGCUGUUACACUCCGGAAAACCGCAAAAGAGUUAUUUGCCAAAGAGGUUACCAACAAGUGGCCGAAGUGUUGGAUGUGCUUGCGUGGGCCCUUUCUUUGCAUUUAUCCAACGCAAUUUACUCGUCACGCAGAUAUGAUCAUUAACGUGGCUAAAUGUACUGUUUCUGACGAAACCCGAGCUAAAGACAUCGAAAAAAUUGUGCGUUUUGUUUUUCGCCUGUCAAGACCACCAGUUGAGCACCAUUUCUCAUGUUAUAACCAGAAUGAUAUGCGCAUGUGGAUCCACAAAAUAAAGGUUGCAAGCGAGAUGUAUGGAGCCACUAAUCGUGUGAUGUCGAAAUCAGUCUCCUAUCUUGAGGUAGAGCAUGGUGAAGCUCCAUUUGAACAUUACAAUACGCUCACAGGGUUACCAUCCCUUAUGACUCAAAGCCAGCGUGAGGAACCAUGCGUCGGCUCUCCUGUAAGUAAUACUCUUCCACGGUCAACGACAGGUUCAAUUUCCAAACAUUUGAGACCCUCUGCGUCGAGGUUUAUCUCGAAAAAGUGA